AUGGUUCGCGCGCACGCAAAACAGACGCCUGAGGAGAAGAAAGAAACCCAGAAGAAGAAGACACCGACUAAAAAGAAGGUCGAAACUGGCAUAUGGCCCUGCAAAAUCAAUGGCUGCAAUAAGGAGUUUGCUCGUGAAGCUGAUCUAAAGAGACAUCAGCGAACGACGAAAGUCCAUUCAUUACCCGGGUUUGCUUGUCCUCAGUGCGAAGCUACGUUCACUCGGACAGAUGCUCUACGACGUCACCAAAAAUCACGCCACAAUGGCGUGGUUAUUGAGCCAGACCAAGAUAAGGGCAAGGUACCAACACGCGACGAUGAAGCUGCCUCCCCCGGCUCGAAGUCGCACAGUCGCAGCGCAAGUCCAGGUUCAAAGGGCAAAGCACAAGCAUCCGGCUCAACGUCGACAUCGCCUGGGGCAGGGCCUUCGGCUGCUGGACCCGCGGGAUACUAUCGACAGCAAGGCAUGAAUGCAGUGUUCGUCCCGACUCGCAACCCUGGAGAGCCGAUGAUGAAUACCAGCUAUUCAACGAUCGGCCUUCCUACAUCUGCCACAAGACUAGCGCAUCCUCAAGCGAAUUGGGUUCCACCCCCACCGUGGGAUGCAGGCCACCCCAUGGGUCCUUACCAUCAUUUACCAGGUGCACCUCCAGGGUAUUACGCACCGGCAUACUACCGUCAUGCUCCUGGCAUGAUGCCACCACCUCCUCACCAUCCACAGAACUCUGAAAUGAAUAGCCAGCCCCAAACGCCCAAUGGACAAGAAUCUUCGCAUGACGAGCAGCGCGACAAUUCCAAUGAGCAAGUUGUUGAUCCUGAGUUAUCCGAAGGCGGACAGGCAGCCGGCCGCCCUUCUCAGAAGAAAACUGCGCAAGCUGCUCCCGUCAUUGACCCAUCCCUCGACGCCGGAGGGGCGAGAUCUACACAUGAUGCGCCUCCGACCGGGAGUCCACCUGUUUCGCUGGCGAUUACACAGGCAGCUAUGCAAGCUGUAUUGGACGCUGCGAGGCGGCAAGCUGAAAUUUUAGAUGCGGAGAAGGUUCAAGCAGCAGCUCGGAACAACGCAGAGGCCGCCACUUCGCCUACGGCGGACUCAGACCAAGGGAUGGAGGACAACAUGGAAGUUGACGACCAUGCUGAUGGUGGUGCUGGACCCGCUGGAGAGGAAACGACAUCCAACUCGGCGCCGUUGCCCAAAAUGGUCGAGGGACAAACAGAGGAGACUGAGCUUAUAUUGAAACCUGAAGACCUACUCACUCAGGAGUCUCUUGCAUCUCCGCCCCCAGCCUAG